CUCAACCCAUCCUUUUUAUCCAACCUUUCAACUCACACCAACACCAACAUCCUGUCAUAAUGGUCCGCGUCAACAACAUUCUCUUUGCCCUGGCUCUGGCCACCGGUGCUCUGGCUACCUCCAACUGCCAGGCCAAGGAUAACGCCUGCCGCACCGCCCCCGAUGCCAACAUGGCCCAAUGUGCCUCUGAAAAUGCCGCCUGCUGCUCGACUGCCUACGACGAGUGCCGUGGUGCCCCCGAUGCCAACAUGUCUCAGUGUGCUGCUGAGAACGCUGCCUGCACUGGCUCUCUGCAGCGCCGCGACGAUGCUUGUGAGACCAAGUACAACUCUUGCCGUACCGCCCCCGGUGCCAACAUGUCUCAGUGUGCUGCUGAGCACGCCGCCUGCACUGGCUCUCUGCAGCGCCGCGACGAUACUUGCCAGACCAAGUACAACUCUUGCCGUACCGCCCCCGAUGCCAACAUGUCCAGCUGUGUCGCCGACCAUGCCAGCUGCUGCUCGACCGCCUACGAUGAGUGUCGUGGUGCUCCCGACGCCAACAUGUCUCAGUGUGCUGCUGAAAAUGCCGCCUGCAAGAACCAGGCCUAAGUGCCUCGUUGGCCGUCUUUCUGUUUAUGGACGUUGCAACUCAAUCCUCGAGCAGCAUAUCCAUGAAUUUAGCUUCUACCUUGUCUUGUUAGUCAAAUGGGUUGGUUAUCGGGCAAGGGGGGCUGCUUUAUGAUACCCGGAAAGCAAUAUUCUGACUAGCUCAUUCACUGGGUGUAUUUAUAGCUGUGUCUAAUUAAUUUGUUCCUUGUCACAUAGCCUAAUUGAUCGGUUUAUCGUCUCUGUACCUAAGUACCUCCAUAAAAUACAAGUCACUCAAAAGAUA